GUAGCCGGCUAGUUAGGGUUUAGGGCUUUGCCACAGUGAGAUCGUUAGCGGAUUUGCUUGGAAAUCAACCCGGGAGUGACUUCAAUCGACCCUGUCCCUCUUCUUCUACCUCUCGACAACCACCUAAUCGACAACUCCCACCGUUCGCAGGAAGUGCAGUUUCCCCAUUUCCAGCAGACACCAUGGCCCGCCGUCCCGCGAGAUGUUACCGCUACUGCAAGAACAAGCCCUACCCUAAGUCCCGGUUCAACCGUGGUGUUCCCGACCCCAAGAUCCGUAUCUUCGAUCUGGGUCGUAAGAAGGCCAACGUUGACGAGUUCCCUCUGUGCGUGCACAUGGUCUCCAACGAGUACGAGCAGCUGUCCUCCGAGGCUCUCGAGGCUGCCCGUAUCUGUGCCAACAAGUACCUCGUCAAGGUCGCCGGUAAGGAAGGUUUCCACCUCCGUGUCCGUGCCCACCCCUUCCACGUCGUCCGUAUCAACAAGAUGUUGUCUUGCGCCGGAGCCGAUCGUCUCCAGACCGGUAUGCGUGGUGCCUUCGGUAAGCCCAACGGCUCCGUGGCUCGUGUGAACAUUGGCCAGAUCCUCCUGUCCGUCCGCACCCGUGACGCCAACCGUGCGACCGCCGUCGAGGCUCUCCGCCGCUCCAUGUACAAGUUCCCUGGUCGCCAAAAGAUCAUCGUCUCCAAGAACUGGGGUUUCACUCCUCUCCGCCGCGAGGAGUACGUCCGCCUCCGCCAGGAGGGCCGUGUCAAGAUCGACGGUGCCUACGUCCAGUUCCUCCGCAACCACGGCCGCGUCGAGGAGAACAUCAAGCGCUUCCCCGAGGCCUACGAGAACGCUCAGGAGGCUUAAAUUAGGGCGUGUUGACAGAAAAUCGGAUUUGCGUUUUCCUUCGAAUCUAUUUGAUGUCUUUGUGUCCACGGGCGGAGUUGUUCACCUAGGUUUUUCCCGGCUUUUCAAGAACCCCAACUGGCAGUGAUCGGAGGGGGCAGGUUGAUUGGGAUGAAGCACCAUCUCGGUCGACUGGAACGGACCGGAUACUAGAGAAAAGAAGGAGCGUUCUUCGCCUCUUGUCCUAUCUAUCCGCUGUAAUGACCCCCAGAAUAUUUCGUGUGACGAUAUCCACACUGGGCAAAAUGAUGUAUCUAGAAUCCUGUCAUGGGAACAGCUACCGUUCCAGAAUAAUCCAGCCCUCCAGUUCUGCCAGAAAUUUGCAUUUUCCGUAGCAAUAGCAAUCAGAGAUAAAGCUUGACGUAUCCGCCCACUUCACGCAAGAGAACUCAU